UUUGCAGCCUUUAUAUAUUUAUAUCCACACACACACACAUGAAAAAGCGGAUUGCUAAAUGUAGCGGAGCGAUUGCACAGCGAGUCUACGUCCCGGGGCCACCAGCAGCACCUUGCGGUCUGCUGUGAGGUUACAGACUUAAAAAAGGGGGGCCAAAGGAAGAGGAAAAGCAAAACAACAGCUAUAUAUAUAUAUAUAUAUAUAUAAACAGCCCGAGGAUGCGGAUCCAUGCCGGCGAGGUGAACAGAGGAAUCGAUGCGAUACUGAAGUAGACAUGAUUUCUGAAUGUGUGUGCAGCGCGGUUGCUAUUGCCCUAUAUCUGAACACACUGCGUGCUGACUUCUGUUACGAUGACAGCCGAGCCAUUAAAGCCAACCAGGAUCUACUUCCAGAAACACCUUGGGCGAAUAUCUUUUACAAUGACUUUUGGGGAACCCUCCUUACACACAGUGGGAGCCACAAGUCCUACCGCCCACUUUGUACACUUUCCUUCCGUUUUAACUGUGCCUUUGGUGGUAUGGAUCCCUGGGGAUAUCAUUGUGUCAAUGUGCUUUUGCACAGUGCAGUCACUGGUCUCUUUACAAACUUCUCGCGGGUGUUAUUUGGCGAUGGCUAUUGGACUUUUAUUGCAGGACUACUGUUUGCUGCACACCCUAUUCACACUGAAGCAGUGGCAGGAAUUGUAGGCCGAGCAGAUGUUGGAGCUGGGCUCUUUUUCCUCCUGUCCUUAAUGUGUUACAUUCGGCACUGUGGGUGCAGGGGACAUUCUCUGAGGAGCUGGGCCUGGUUAUUUGGAAGCUUCAUGUGUGCUGCCUGCAGUAUGCUCUGGAAGGAGCAAGGAGUAACUGUUCUGGCUAUUUCCGCUGUCUAUGAUGUAUUUAUAGAUCGCAGGCUCAAAUUUUACCAACUCAUCUCAUUGAUUCACAAGAGGCAAGUCACUUCCCUUUUGAUACGAGUGGGACUGCUGGCUGUCUGGGGUGCCACUUUACUGGGACUUCGCUUAUACUGGAUGGGUAACAAACCACCAAGCUUCUCCAAUUCUGACAACCCCACGGCAGAUGCGGACAGUCUGCUUACACGAACUUUGACCUUUAAUUAUUUGCCAGCAGCAAAUUUUUGGCUACUGUUAUGCCCUGACACUAUGAGCUUUGAUUGGUCAAUGGACGCUGUGCCAUUGAUAAGAACGAUCAAUGAUUUGAGAAACCUUCACACUUUAGCAUUCCUUGCUGGAUUUCUGCUCCUCAUCUACAUCAGCCUGAAGAGCUCUCCAAAAGACAGAGUUUGCAAUGGGAAAACAAUGAUGAAUGGCAAACAGAAUACAAAUGGGCACAGCUGCCACUCAGCCAUGGAGCAUGGGAACAAUGAACAGGGUUUUUAUUUUGUAGCAAGAACUGACCACUUUGUAAAGAAUGAUUUAAUUCAGGGACAACCACUUCCAAAAGCUCAGAACAUUGUCAUUUUCUCUUUAUCACUCCUAAUAGUGCCAUUCCUGCCUGCUACUAACCUUUUCUUUUAUGUCGGUUUCGUAAUAGCAGAGCGAAUCCUGUACAUUCCAAGCAUGGGUUUCUGUUUACUAGUAACAUUGGGCAUAAGGACCCUCUCUCUCAGAACGAAGAAGAGAGUCUUUAAGAAUUUGGUUUUAUAUGCAGCUGCUGCUUUAGUCGUUUUGUAUGGAUUGAAAACCGUAAUAAGGAACAGAGACUGGCAUGAUGAGGAAAUGUUAUAUAGAUCAGGGAUAAAAGUGAAUCCUGCUAAAGCGUGGGGUAACCUCGGGAAUGUUCUGAAAAGCCAAGGCAAAGUUUUGGAAGCUGAAAAGGCCUAUAGAAAUGCCUUGUACUAUCGCAGCAACAUGGCUGAUAUGCUUUAUAAUUUAGGGCUGCUUCUACAGGAAAAUGACCGGUUCUCAGAGGCCUUACAUUACUAUAAAUUGGCAAUUGGUAGCAGGCCUACCCUGGCAUCUGCCUAUCUGAACACUGGGAUUAUUUUAAUGAACCAGGGCAAGUUAGAAGAGGCCAAGAGAACCUUUGUUAUAUGUGCUGACAUCUCAGACGAAAACCUCAAAGACCCUCAUACCCACAGGAGUUCAGUAACGAGCUGCUUAUACAAUUUAGGCAAACUCCUACAUGAACAAGGACAGCAUGAGGAUGCAUUAGUUGUUUAUAAGGAAGCAAUACAGAAGAUGCCAAAACAGUUUGCACCACAGAGCUUAUACAACAUGAUGGGUGAGGCAUACAUGAGACUGAACAAACUGACGGAGGCUGAGUACUGGUACCUGGAGUCCCUGCAUUCCAAGCCUGAUCAUAUCCCUGCCCAUCUCACGUAUGGAAAGCUUUUGGCACUCACUGGGCGUAAGGAAGAAGCUGAAAAGUAUUUCUUGCGAUCUAUCCAGCUUGAUCCCACAAAAGGAAACUGCUAUAUGCAUUAUGGUCAGUUUCUGUUAGAGGAAUCUCGUCUGAUGGAAGCUGCUCAGAUGGCAGAGAGAGCAGCUGAACUGGACAGCACAGAAUUUGAUGUUGUCUUUAAUGCAGCCCACAUGCUCAGACAAGCUGGCCUGAAUGCAGCAGCUGAGAAACAUUAUGGAUUGGCAGCAGGACUGCGACCCAACUACCCUGUAGCAUUGAUGAACCUGGGAGCCAUUCUUCACCUGAAUGGAAAACUGCAUGAGGCUGAAGCUAAUUACCUCAGAGCUCUUCAACUCAAGCCUGAUGAUACCAUUACCCAGUCCAACCUUCGCAAACUGCGGAACAUCAUGGAGAAACAAGGCUUGAAUGUGCAAAAAAAAAGACCUUAAACAAAUAGACUAUUGAAAUAUUAAACUAGAAGGAAUCAGCAAAGGUCUGCAGGCCGUAUAUCUUUUAGUUGCUAUCCUGGCAAUGGCCUCCAGACUGACCACACUGGAGUUUGCAGAAUCAAUGGAAAGGCAUUUGGUUACUAUGGGAUAUGCCAGCUGCACUCACUGACUGAACAUAGCCAGAAGCUCUUGCAUCUUUCUAAGCAAGAGAGGGGGUGUUCCACAUAUUUCUCCAGCUAUAAUUUCCCUAAUUGUUUAGAAGAUUUAAUCAAAAAUGAUUUUGUUCGAGAUCUGAGCAGUUGUCCAAAUGAUUAGACUCUUGCCAACCACUUGGCAUACUAGCCUUCAAUAAUAUACCAAGGUCCAGAUGAGCUGAAAGCAGAGAGGAGAUCCCUAUUUUUUAGGUAGGCCAAUUGCUACAUGCCUUUUGUUUCAUCUGGGGCAUUUGUGGGUACUGCCCUUUACAAAGUUAAUACAAAGCUCCCAGACAGAUGGAAAACUGGUAUUGGCGGGGUUAAAGGUGGUGGAUUUGACAGGUCUUUGCUUGAAUUCUAUUCUCUGAUUUAACAAAAGCUUGGUCUCCCUUGGUUCUGUCUACCGGCAGAUAAUCAGAGCACUUAGUAAAUCAGAUUAGUGAAUAAUUAAUACUUUUUGGAUGAUGAUUAAUAUGGUUAACAAAUUAUUUUUCUCAUUAAGAACAUGUCAGUCUCAAUCCACGCCACUGAAAUACAUUGCCUUGUUCACAUAGUUGAUGCUGAAAAUAUCCAUCCACUCUGCAUCUCUGAAUAGCUGGUUACUUGUGCUAUAACUGAACACUUAAUUAUGAGCAAGUUGCAGACAAUGCACAGUGCCCAUGGAUUUUCCAAAUUAUUGAAGAUUUUGAGUAUAAUAGCAGGUACCUCUCAAGGCUAAUGUAACUGUGGAGGGUUCUGAUAGUUAUUGUACUGAUAACCUAUCAGAGCUUAAGGUCGAGUAUUUGUAAAGUGUGCCCACGUCUGCAAAGGUAUCUUUCGUGUUUGAUAUGUUACGUAUCGUUCUGAAGUACUGUAAACAAUUGUGCAUAGACAACUUUGAUGUUGAUUUUCACAAAAAUGAUAUUGGGCCAUUUCAUUGACUAUGAGUUACUGUAAUUAAAAGGGAAAGAGAAAGAAAACAUUAAAUUGUAUCUCAAUCUCCUGUAGCAAUAGCAGAAUACCUUUAUAAAAUGUUAUUGAAUUCAAAUUCAAUAUUUGUUGGUACUUUACAGGUAAAAGGAAAUAAAUCAAGACCUGCAUUUGUUCUACUAAUAUUUCUCUUUCAGUCUCUUUACAUUUGUUAUCAUUCUAAUAACUGAAGACAUUCAGUUGAUUUUACUGGCCAUACUAGAGCAGAUGUAUUUUCAUGACUUCUGAGUCACAACACAAAGCCAUCACUUUGCAUCCAUACUUUUCUCAUUUAAAUCAAACAGCAGGGACUUUUUCUUCUUUUGUGUGAUUGCGUGGCACAAGUGACUAAUUGCUCUGACUUUGUUGGCAUUGUGUUGUAGCAAUGAUUCAUUCAUGGGUCUGUCCAAGAGUUAAGGGUGAAACCUAAGCCAUGCAGGGGGAGAAUUCCUCUCUUCCCAGCCAAUGCUUUCAGGUUCUGAGAAAAGCUGAUAAUUAUUACAUUUGUGUUGCUGCUCAGGGAUUGCAUACAGUGGAGUAAUUCCAGAUGGUGCUAAAGAGCACAGGGCGUGUUUACUAAAUUAAAAGUUUUAUUUUUUGAAAUUGUUCUAUUUGUAUAAAUUAUCCAAAUUUGUAGAUGUGUUUCCUUUUGUAUAACGACUGUGUACAUGCCAACACACAAGC